UACAAAUCUCCAAUCAGCUCGAGUUAGACACUCGCUCAAUUGUAUGGCGAGAAACAGCAUGGAGCCCCAAGAGCCGGACCGUGUCUUUACCUCUGCUGAUCGAAUCCGUGAACUUAAUGAUAUCGACAAAGAUGUUGCAAAGCUUCUCAAUGCAGCGGGUGUUGCGAUCGGCUCACUCACCAAUUCUCCUUCCGUAACCUCAGGACAGUCAUCCAGCGAUUUGCCCAAAAUCGAUGGGACCUUAGAAUCACAUCGAGCAGCUUUCAAAGCUGCAAGCUCCCAAUACUUUGCGCUACUCUCCUCCAUUGAUGUGCGACUACGACGGCAGGUGUAUGCUCUGGAGGAAGCGUCUAUCAUCCAACCUGAAUCAGCUGAAGUCACUGCCGGAGGAACUACUACUACUGCCUCUGCUACUUCGUCUGGGGGCGUUAACCCUCUCGAUACCAGCUGGCUUAAUAGCCGGAAGGAUACCGUCGGAAAGGAUAAGGAGGCAGAGCUGUGGGCGGAAGCUAGCAAGUUUGCUACUCAACUGGAGAAAGCUAAAGGUCCUUCCGAAAAUGAAUCGGGGAGUUGAUUAAAGCCUCAUCAGGGCUCAAUUCUGGGCUGAAAUGCAAUAUAAAUCAACCUCCCGCAACGCUACAUCUAUAUAGUGAGGCUUCUACGUCCAUUGACUUCGCCAUCCAUUGCGCCAUACGAUGUUUACAAUUAUCAAGUUAUCAACUUGAAACCAUUUGGAAGAGGCAUUAAGCCCACUGGUGUCCUUUAUCGGCCCGCCCAAGUAAGCCGCACCCUUGUAAAUGGAUUGCGCUAUUGGAACUGAAGGAAUUACUCUUUGGGAGACUCAUGAUGUUACCUAUCUACAUAUAAUAGGAAUACGCAUGUGUCUACGACUGGGAAAAUUAUCUCGUCGCGUAAGAUGCUGUGGACUCAAUAGGACGGAUAUGAUGUGCAAAUUACUCGGUAUGGUGGCAAUGAAGUUUGAGAGGCAUGCCGUGUUGGGCUGGAGCAAUUAUGUGUUUAGUUGGAGACAGUUUCGCCGGUUUGUUUUCUAACCGCGGUAACGUAACCUACGCAGUAGGUUUCUGAUAUACUUGAUGGGCUCUCUGACUUACAAUUUCCUCAUGGUUGCUGAGGCUUUUUUGGAAUAGAUAUAAGGAUCCUGGUCG